CAAUUUGGAAAGAAAAGCAACAAUAUUUGCUUCCUUACAUUGCAUCAGAUUUAUUUGGUCUCACGAAGACUUGGUUGCUCAUUGUCCCGGUAUCAUGACCUCACUGCCUUUGUUGCAGAGUGUCUAGCCCUUUUGGGCAUUUCUCAGCUGGUUUGCAAGUCAGACUGCCAUGAACUCAAUCGCCUCCUUUCAGAGAGUUGGUCUUCUGAUGUUCAUUGGAUCUUAUUAGCUAUUCGAUCCCUUAUCUUAUCUUUUGAGGAUUCACAUGUAUGUGUUGUGUUUUCUUGUGUUUGUAAUAUGGCAAGUUGUGCCUUUCUACUUUGUAUUUCCUCCGUUGAUGGAGGUUGAGACUUUAAGUUAAUGGAAUUGUUGUUUGAUCAAAAAAAAAAACUACGUAACAAGCUGGGGUGUUACGUUCUUUCACCAAAACAAAAUUUUAUCCCUUACCAACCUAAUUGUGACAUCUCAUUUACUGUGGCUAAUUGAUUGUUUGGUGGUUGUUUUGUCGUACAUGUGUCCCAAGCUCCCCUUUAAAGCUUCCCCGCUGGUUUCCGAAACCAUGACAUCAAGCAGUGUGGGCGUGGAUGGCCUAUAAACAAUGAGGCUGAAUUGUUAAGCAAAACCACUGAUAUAGAAUAAUACAAUGUAGAAACAAUAGAUCAUUAAAGGAAAAAAAAUAUAAGAUAUAUUCUAUUCUGAGGUAUAAUAAAAGUUUAAUUAAGAUGUGACUAAUGUUUUCAUAUUUUGAUAUACAAUUUUUUUUUUCAAAAUCAAGAACUUCAGGAAAAAAAUAAAUAAAUUUAAAACAUUUUUCAAAAUUAAGAAUUUUAGGAAAUAGUAUUUUUUAUAAUUAAAAAAAAAACGCCACUAGCAUUUUGUGGUGAAAAAUACCACAUGAAUUUGUUCCACAUAUGGUAUAAAUUUUAUUAUUUUUGCUUUAGUCACGUGCGGAUAUAUAUGUAUUUUAUAUAUUUUUGGUUGAAUGGUGACAGGAUUGGUUGAAAUGAAUAAUGCACUUGAACAGUACGUCUCAUCAGUCUCUUCAUCCACACCCUCUAUCUCAAAUCAGAAGAUCCGGCAAUGGAAGAGAGAGCCGACGAAGCACAAGGUCCUCUAGAGAAGGCGAUGGCUCCUCUGUUAGGGGAUGACAAUGUGGCGGAAGAGAAAGACAUAAAAACAAAGAGAAAGAUAUGGAUGGAGACGAAGAAGCUAUGGCGUAUUGUUGGACCAGCCAUAUUCACUAGGGUCUCCACCUAUUCGAUCUUCAUCAUCACUCAGGCCUUCGCCGGCCACCUCGGCGAGCUUGAGCUAGCCGCCAUAUCCAUCGUCAACAACGUCAUCGUUGGCUUCAACUAUGGCCUCCUCCUUGGAAUGGCCACGGCGUUGGAAACGUUGUGCGGUCAAGCGUAUGGAGCGAAGAAGUAUGACAAGUUGGGAGUGUAUUUGCAGCGAUCUUGGAUUGUUCUCUUCUUGUGCUCCAUCUUGCUACUCCCUGUGUACUUCUUCACGUCUCCGAUUCUUAAGUUCGUCGGCCAGCCUGAUGACAUCGCCGAGCUCUCUGGUACCGUAGCCGUUUGGGCCAUUCCUGCCCAUUUCUCAUUUGCAUUCUUUUUUCCUAUCAACAGAUUCCUCCAAUCCCAGCUCAAGAAUAUGGUGAUUGCAAUCUCCUCAGGAUUGGCAUUUGUGGUACACAUAUUUGUGUGUUGGCUUUUUGUGUAUGUUCUUAAACUUGGAGUCAUAGGGACCAUCGCUACUGCUAAUGUGUCAUGGUGGCUCAAUGUCUUCAUCUUAUUUACAUACACCACUUGUGGCGGUUGUCCGCUCACUUGGACCGGUUUCUCCGUCGAAGCUUUCACUAGACUAUGGGAGUUCACUAAGCUCUCUGCAUCCUCUGGAAUCAUGCUUUGCUUGGAGAAUUGGUAUUAUAGGAUUUUAAUUGUGAUGACAGGAAAUCUCCAGGACGCAAAAAUUGCUGUCGACUCUAUGUCUAUAUGCAUGUUGAUAAAUGGUCUGGAGACGAUGAUUCCACUUGCUUUUUUCGCGGGGACCAGUGUACGAGUAGCGAAUGAAUUAGGAGCAGGAAACGGGGGAAAAGCAAGGUUUGCAAUGAUCAUAUCAGUGAUACAAUCGUUAAUCAUCGGAAUAAUCCUAUCUGUGCUCGUAGUCUUUCUUCAUAAUCAAAUCGGUUGGAUCUUCUCUUCAAGCGAAGCUGUUAUAAAAGCAGUGAAUAACCUUUCUAUUCUUUUAGCGUUUACGAUUCUUCUCAACAGCGUCUAUCCCGUUCUUUCCGGUGCUGCGGUUGGUUCGGGUUGGCAGUCAGUAGUGGCAUACAUUAAUCUAGGAUGCUACUAUUUCAUUGGACUUCCACUUGGAUUUGUCAUGGGUUGGGUUUUCAACACCGGUGUCAAGGGUAUUUGGGCUGGUAUGAUAUUCGGAGGAACCGCUAUUCAGACGUUUAUAUUGAUUUUUAUUACUAUGAGAUGUGACUGGGAGAAUGAGGCACAAAAAGCAAGCAUGCGCGUUAAAAAUUGGCAGGUCUCUGAUGCAAGAAAAUGAAAGUGAAAUCUUAAAUGUUCCAUAAUAUUGUCUCUGGAGCAUAUGUUUUGAAAUAAGUGACUAAGCCCAAUACAUAUUGUAUCAUGUCAAUCACAUAAACAAAUGAUCGAAGGCCACAGCUGGAGCAAUGACCGAUUUGUUUUCUUUA